AUGGCAACGACGCUCCCCAGACCCUCACGACCGUCCAAUGGGCCUCCGAACAUGGCCCUCCCAGCUCUACCCAGGAGCAAGUCUCGCAAGAGCACCGGCAAUAUCCCAACACCGAGCUCGAGAUCGGCCCCUGGCACACCAAGCGGCUUGCGGGCUCCUUCGACUUCGCAUCUGCCUCCUCCACCCAGUCCCUCGCCUCUGUCAGGCCUACCUCAGGUGCCGAAAUCUACCUCGACACAACUGAACCCAACAACCCCCAGAACAGUCCGAAAAACAGUCAGCAUCAACUCCUUCCCGCAACCCCCUAGGGGAGGAAAUGGGAAUGUUCCCCCAAGUCCGCUGGGCACCGAAAAACCUCCCCGAACAGCGCGAAAGUCCAAGUCGUCCAAGGAAGGCCUGAACCACAGCUUCAACUCGGGCACGCCGAGCUUUUUGAAUGGCAGCGGGGAGGGCAAGGCCAUCACCAGCUUGCGCAUGUCAGAUGGGCUGGUCAGUGUUGGCUCGGAAACACAGAGUAGGAGUUCUUCAGCGCAAGACUCGUACUCGACAUCCGCGACAACGUAUGACGACCCAGCAGAUGGCCCUUCGCGGCCCGACGCAACAGCCGAGAAGCGCAUAUCGAAGCCCGAUGGCAAAGGCAAUGUGCUCGUCAGUGUACGUGUGCGACCGACCGCCAGCGGCGACGGCAACCCAGAGGGCGAGUGGAUGGUGGACGGACGCCGAUCGCUCAUUGCGUACAACGGGAAGGAGGGCGGAAACCACUACUAUGAUAACGUAUUCACAACACAUGACAACAAUUCGCGAGUGUACGACCACAUCGCUAAGCGACUUGUACGAAGGGUCAUGGAGGGGUAUCAUGGCACAGUCUUCGCGUAUGGAAUGACGGGCACUGGCAAGACGUUCUCGAUGCAGGGAACCGCCUCGUCGCCUGGCGUGAUCCCUCUCGCCAUCACCGACAUCUUCUCCUACAUCCGCGAAACGCCCUCCCGCGAAUUCCUCCUCCGCGUCAGCUACUUGGAAAUCUACAACGAGAAGAUCCACGACCUUCUCAGCAUGCCCACCGGCAACGGUGUCGGGGGCGGAUCCCAGGCGGAGGAGAUCAAGCUGCGAGAGGACAGCAAACGGGGCGUUUACGCUACACCUCUGAAAGAAGAGAUUGUCCAAAGUCCGACGCAGCUCCUCCGCGUGAUUGCACGUGGAGAUCAAGCGCGACGGACAGCCAGCACACAAUUCAACGCGAGGAGUUCGCGCAGUCACGCUGUGGUGCAGAUCGUCGUGGAAAGCCGUGAACGGACACCGGCCGGCGCUGCCAGCGCAGAAAACGGGGGCGGCGGCGGCAGCAAGCGUUCCGGACUGUUGCCCGGCGGCGUGCGUGUCUCGACGUUGAGUCUGAUCGAUUUGGCCGGUUCGGAAAAGGCUGCCGAAUCCAAGGAGCGACGGCAAGAAGGUGCCCACAUCAACAAGAGCUUGCUGACGCUCGGCACGGUCAUCUCGAAACUCUCGCUGUCCAAGGAAAAGGAGGGCAAAGGGGGAGGGGACAAGGAUGGCGGCAGUCAUUUGCCGUACCGCGACAGCAAGCUAACCCGACUGCUCCAAGGGGCCCUGUCCGGCGGCUCGUUGAUCAGUAUCCUCUGUACGAUCCAGGUCGGCUCGCAAGGCACCGCGGCCACCGUCAACAGCCACACGACGGAGACGCUGAGCACUCUAAAGUUUGCAUCCAGGGCCAAGAAUAACAUCAUCAGCCAUGCGAAGAAGGCGGAGGAGUCCCUCGGUGCUGGCGGCGAGGGCGGUGCGCGCGUCCUCCUAGAGCGCUAUCGGUUGGAGAUUGUCGAGCUGAGGCAGCAGCUCGAGUCGCAGGCGAAGAAGAAGAAAAAGAAGAAGGGGAAGGAGGGGGAGGAUGAGGAGAAGAAGGAAGAGGCGGGCAGCGAAGAGGAAGACAGUGCGAGAGAACGCGAGGACGAGAAGGCCAAGGAGUCGCAGAUGGCAGAACGCCACGAGGAGCAGCUCCUGGAGAUGCAGCUCGCGAGGACGGCGCUCAAAGAAAGGAUCGACCACCUCAACCGUCUGAUCCUCAGCUCCAAGUCGGUCGGGGUCAACGGCUCCAUAAGCUCGCUCGGCCAGCACGCCAGGUUCUCGCAAAUCUCCUUGACCGGGUCCAUGCGGUCCUCGGUGGCGACCUCUGUGGGAAGCAGGCCCUUCCUCGAACGGACGGCAUCCAUGACCUCUGCGUCCUCGACGAUUGGCCGUCGUUCUAGCAACGGUGGGCCGCAACUCCCCGGCGCCGACGGCGAACAGCCUGUGGACACGGAAGACGACAGCGUGGGCGACUUUGCGGAUGGGACGGCAUCACUGGCUGCGCAGAACCAAGCCCUGCAAGCCGAUCUGCUCGACAAGAACCGGUACAUUGCGACGCUGGAGAAACGGCUGUUGCAAGCUAGGCGCGCCAGUUCGUCGAGGGCCUCCAUUGGCAUCGGAGCAUCCAACAAGGGCAUCAUGGUUGGGGAGGACCACAGCGUCUCGGCAGCGCUCAAGGAGAAGGACGUGGAGAUUGCGGAUCUCCGUGCCAGGCUCGACGACAAGGACCGUAUGUUGACGGCGCUGCGCAGCGCGGCCCGGUCCCGUGACACGGCCGAGAGCAGGACGGAGAUGCGGUCGCCGGUGCACUCGAUCAAGUCGGGACGGCAGUCUCUUGAUGUACCACGACCGUCGGAGGAUCUCGCCAUUGACGUGCAUGGAUCGCCGACGCAAGGGGAGCGACGGCCGAGGAAGAGCGUGGACGAAGUGACGUCGAUGCUUGACGAGAUGAUCCAAGACCGAGUGGAGGGGGGAUACAUUGUCAAGGGCAACAGGGGCAGCGUCCGUCUGCCGACGAGCCAGCGGAUGAGCAACCUGGCGGAGCCCUUUCAGGAUGUCGAGCCCCUGCGACAGACGCCGACGCCGAUGGGCGACAGGAGUCGAACACCAGUGCCUGCGGACCACUGA